AGAGGGCACUCGCCCGGUAAGGCGGCCAGCUGCGCAUCAAAUUCCAAAAUCACAAGAGCAUCUGGCCGGCUAGCACGAAUCUGCGGGCACGACUCGAUGCUGGCUACAAGGACCAGUAAGCAGCCAUGAGCGGAUCCGAAGAGUACUACCGCGUGCUCGAGGUUCCGCGGGAUGCGACGCAGGACGACAUCCGACGUGCCUAUCGGCGCCUUGCACUCAAGUGGCACCCGGACAAGAACCCUACCAACAAGGAAGAGGCCGAGCGCCACUUCAAGGCCAUCGCCGAAGCGUACGAGGUGCUCUCGGACGAGACUACUCGGCGCCAGUACGACCUUUACGGCCCGAGUGGCUAUGACACGAGCCAACAGAGCAACAAAUCCAGCCGCAACACUAGAGGUGGCCUCUUUACUGCCGCGUUUCGCGACCCCGAGGAAUUGUUCCGCGAGUUUUUCGGUACGGCCGACCCAUUCGAGGAAUUAUUCCGUGCCGCCCGCCAGGGCAGUACCACCAGCGCGCAGGGACACUCCAGUACGCGCCAAUCUUCGCACCGGCCGUCGAAAGCAAACGUUCCUGGGUCAAGCCCACUGUGGAGAGGCAGUACCAAUUCGCAGCAGGGUGGUGUAGACGGCAGCAGGAUCCUUCGUCCUGGUGGCUUCCUCUACGACUUUGAUGAUAUGCUGUUCGGUGGUUGCGGCACCGUGCCCAGCGGGCCUUGCGGCCUCGGUUUCGCGUCACCUGGCGGCUUCACCGGUAUUCCGACCGAGCAGAUGAGCUCGGUGCGCUACAUGAACGGCAAGCGCUGCGAGACGCGCACCAUCGUACAGGACGGCAUCAAAACGGUGAUGUGCUUCGAAGACGGUCGACUGGUCUCACGCACAGUUAACGGCGCGCCGCAAGAAAUGCCCAAACAGACGGAAGACGGCGGCAAGGAUGAAUCGACGCAGACUGGCCGAAGUGGGCUCAAGGUCAGUGAGAGCCUGCCCUAUUCGAACUCAGGUGAGGGUCCCGCCCACCGGAGCAAUAGCAAGGCCGCAAGUGCCGGUGGCGCCGUGGGCGAGAUGAUGCCCAAGCAAAAAACCACGCACCCACACAAGGGGUUACCAAGCCGUCAGAUGAGCAGCGCGCGCAAAAGCCGCAGCCGCAACUCAACCAAGAGCACCGGCAAGGCACCUCACAGAGAAUGUAGCAACACAGAAUGCCUGAAGGCCAACACCUCCGGUACCGCAAUCCUGCAGCCCCCGCCGAGUCAGCCACCACCGGUGGUAUCGCAACGGAGCGUCGGUGUUCAGGUGGGGCUAAAGCGGAAGACGUCGAAGAACACCAAGUGAAAAAGCUCGUCGCAUAUGCUGCAGAAAAAAAUUCUCAGAUAAAAUGCGUAGGCAUGCGACUUGAAAGAGAGAAAAAAAAGAAGCUGUACUUCCACACUUCAAUAAUAAAUUAUUAUUUUU